AUGUCGAGUGAUCACGUUGAUGAAAUUACAGCACCUAAGUAUAAUGAAUUGUACCAAUUAGUGAACGAGCAACGAGCUAAACUCAAACAGCUAGAAGAUGAAUUAGCACUGGUAAAUGUGAAAAAUGACGAGACACCAUUGAACACUAAGACAAAUGAUGAAUCGAUAGAGUUUCGUGUCAUCCCAGACGUCAAUAAGUCAGUGAAAUGUUUUACUGGAUUGGAACCUUCUCACGUAGCCGAAGAUUGGUUGGAAACGAUAGAGGGUUUAGCUGAUUUGAAUCGGUGGCCAUCCAAAUUUUGUCUACAUUUUGUACGUUCGAAUAUGUCUGAUGCGGCACGUAAUUGGUUUUUAUCGAAAAAUUUUGUGAGUUGGUCCACGUUUCGUGAGAAGUUUAAACUAGUGUUCGUACGUGAAUUACGCAUGGCCGACAAGUGGGACGCUAUGCGCAGUCGUGUACAACACAAGGAUGAAUCACUGAUGUCAUAUUUUCAAGAUAAGGUGCGGUUGUGCAAAGGUGUCAGAUUACAGUUCGAAGAACUUCGCGAUUAUGUUCUACAGGGCAUUUUAUCUCGGGAACUCGCGAUGUAUGCAUUUGGAAGGAAGCACUAUGACGAAGACCAAUUACUCAUAGAUAUAUUGGAGUGGCAACGUCAGUCUGAUCGUCGUGGAGAUCAGCCAAACACUUCCGUAAUUACUAAAGUCGAUCAUAGUAAGAUGUGGUCAAAAAAAGAAACAACAAGUAACCAGGCAGAACCAAGUAAGUUCACAUCGACGACACGAACCACUACGAAAACAGAAUCACCGACAUCUGACUCACGACACAGUACAAUUAAGUGUUACAAUUGUUCUGGUUUUGGACACAUAGCGCGCGAUUGUCCAAGACCAAAACGACCAAUGAAAUGUUCAUUGUGUAGCGCCGAAGGACAUACUCGGGGCAAAUGUCCUUCUGUUAAGCAAGAACAUCCUGCCAGAACGUGCCAGGUUGUGGUGGCGGGGUGUGCAGGGAAGAAUCCGUUUGGGAAACAAGUGAAAAUUAACCAAGUUGAAUUCAAUGGACUCAUUGAUUCAGGUAGUACAGUAUGUUUAAUCCGAUCGUCUGCAGCUGUACGGACCAAAUUACCAAUAGUGUCAUCAAUCAAACCAUUGUAUGCUGUGGGUGAUAUGAAGACACCUAGAAUCACUUCAUUAGCAGAAGUAAUGGGAGAGCUGGUUAUCGAUGGGGUUAAGACGGACAAGGUGCAAUUCUUAGUAGUUGAAGACAAAGCAAUUCCAGUAGAAGUAUUGAUUGGACAGUCUUGGCUCAAUUUGCCUCAGAUUACUUACCACAAACAAGAUGACACGUUUGUCGUUGAGUACGCAGAUAUGGACGUGGAAUCAAUAUGUGCCAAUAUUAAUAAGCAUGAACAUGGAGUUCAAGUAUGCUUGGUGCAAGAACAGUCAACAUCAAAAGUGUCACUGUCAACAGAUGAUGUGAUAAUAGGCAGUCAGGUUGACUCCACGCAAAAAGAAGAACUAACAGUGUUACUGAAUAAGUAUCGUGCAGUGUUUGCAUUAAAUUUACAAGAAUUGGGUUGCACGGAUUUGGUGACAAUGGAGAUAAUGGAAGAACAAAACAGUAAGCCUGUAUCGAUGAAGCCGUAUCGCACAUCCGAACAAGAGCGAAGACAGAUAGCGGAAAUUACUGACGAAUGGGUCAGGAGUGGUAUAAUUAGUAAGACCAGGUCUCCUUAUGCGUCACCAGUCAUAUUGGUCAAUAAAGCAAAUGGAAAGAAGAGGUUGUGUGUUGACUUCAGGAGAUUGAAUAGUCAGACAAUAUCACAGUCAUAUCCAAUGCCGGAUGUAGAUUCACAAUUGAGUUCAUUGUCUGCUGGUAAGAUGUUCUGCACUUUAGAUUUAUCGAAUGGUUAUUUACAGAUACCUUUGGCUGAGGGAGCGAAAGACAAGACUUCAUUUAUCACUCCUGAUGCAGUAUACAAGUUCGAACGUAUGCCUUUUGGUUUGAGAAAUGCUCCAGCUGAGUUUUGCCGAUUGAUGGACCAGGUGUUGGGAACUCUCAAGAGGGAAGGUGUUGUUCGUUGUUACAUCGACGAUGUCAUUAUUCCAGCAACAGAUUGGGGAGACAUGUGUAGGAAAGUGGAAAGAGUAUUUCAAGCUCUUGAACGUGCUAAGUUAACCUUGAACCCAACCAAGUGUGCUUUUGGAGUCACUGAAUUGGAUUACUUAGGUUUUAAUAUUAAGGAAGGUCAGCUGCGUCCAGGUCGGAAAAUAGCUGUAAUUGAGAAUUACCCAAGACCAAAAAAUGUCCAUGAACUAAGAAGAUUCCUCGGAUUGACAGGAUACUUCCGUCGUUUCAUAACACAUUAUGCGGACAUUUCUGCACCACUGACGGCUUUGACGAAGAAGGAUCUACCAUGGAUCCACAACAAGGAGCAUUUGAACAAUUGA